AUGGCAGAACCGAAGCUGCACAAGGAGAAGCAUGUCAAGUACUGGCAGCGCUGUCUCAAGUCCCUCCUCCCCACUCAAUACACCAGCACCGAUUCCUCGCGCAUGACGCUGGGCUUCUUCAUCCUCUCCGCGCUGGACCUCCUCGGCGCAGGCGCAGAGACGUUCCCUGCGAAGCAGCGCGCUGAAAUCAGAGAUUGGAUCUUGAAGUGCCAGCACCCGAACGGUGGGUUCUGCGGGUCUCCUAAUCAUAGGUUUCCGGAUGGGUGCUAUGUUGAUGUUGGGGAGGGGAGGAGGGUCAUGGAUCCUGCGAACUUGCCGGCAACUUUCUUUGCGUUGUUGAGUCUGACCUUUGUGGAAGGCUUGGACGAAGUGAGGAAGGGAGAUGCGCUGAGGUGGCUGAGGAGUUUACAGAGGCCGGAUGGAAGUUUUGGGGAACUGGUUACGCAGGAGGGGGCUGUGGAGGGAGGAAGGGAUAUGAGGUAUUGUCUGACGGCUGUGGCUGUAAGAUGGAUUCUAAGGGGCGAUGAGGUGGUGCUUGUGAAAGAGGAGGAUAUCGAUGUGGAGAGAUUGGUAGACCAUAUAAGAGCUGGACAGACAUAUGAUGGUGGCUUCUCUGAAUCUUCUGAGCAUGAAGCACAUGCCGGCUAUACAUAUUGUGCCAUAGCAGCUCUCUCACUGCUGAACCGCCUACCCGACCUAUCACUUCGAAUGCCUAAAACAGAGGAUCCAAAGAGUCCUAGACCAGUUCUUACGGAUCUCUCUUUGACUAUUCGGUGGCUUGUGUCGAGACAAGUAGGGUAUGAAGAUGAGGAAGACACGGACGAGGAUGCUGAACCUAUAAUAAAACCGGACGGUGUGUACAAGGAGAAGAAUUUGGUAACAGGCUUCACCCUCGAAGACACUGAGUUCGUUGGACUCAAUGGCCGUUGCAACAAAGCUGCCGAUACUUGUUAUGCCUUUUGGGUUGCUGCUUCUCUCAGUAUGCUUGGUCAAGACGCAGCCCAAAUUCUGCAUUCCGUGGCUAUACGGCGGUUUCUGUUCGAGCAGACUCAACACAUGAUCGGGGGGUUUGGUAAAACCCCGGGCGCACCACCAGACAUCUACCACUCGUAUCUGGGUCUUGCAGCCCUGGCAAUCAUGAAAGAGCCCGGCAUUAAACCGCUCGAUCCAGGACUUUGUAUCAGCCUGCAACAGAAGGAUAUCAUUGGACAGCUCCGGAAGAGCGCUGCAGUCCCGUCCAGGAUAUACUGGAAGCAUGGAAAUGCUUUCUCAAUCAGGGAAGACGAUCCCGACUUUGAACAGAUUAUGGCAUCCAGCGAAGAGCCCUGCCACAUGUGA